CGUAAAGGUGAGCUCCACUGCAUUACUUCCGCGCUCGUGAGAACUUCUGAGUUCACGUCAGCAGGAUUUGUGUCAAUAAAAGAAAAGACAGGAUAAGAAAGUAAAAGUAAAAAUCUCCUGCUUAUGAGAGCCCGAGAGCAGCCAUGGCUGAGUCCCAGCUCGAGUGCAUGGAAGACGGCCGGAUCGGUCAGAACGUCCCGGAGUCCAGGCCGGAGUUUUACUACAGUGAGUCGCACCGCGCGGCGCUCGAGGAGCUGCUGAGGAACGGAGACGGUGCCUUCAAGUCGCGCCUGCACGAGGACAACGCCAAGGAUUUCCUCUCGGCGCGCGAGAUCAAAGCCAUCCAAGGCACGGUGGAGCAGUACAGCGCGCACGAGGCCGGCGGCGCAGCGGAUCGGGAGCGCGCAGCCAAGUCGGCGUCUUUACGAUCGACCUACUGGCCUGAGAUGUCCGACACCGAGGUGCCGGUUCUGGACAUCGGCUGGCCGAAUACCGGCUUCUUUAAAGGGGUCACACGCGUAAUGGUGCACACACACCCGCCCAAAGACAACGGGCCACACAUUAAAGAAGUUGUCCGGAGGCUGAUCCAAGACGCACAUAAGGUUAUCGCUAUUGUGAUGGACCUUCUCACAGAUCUACAGAUCCUACAAGAUCUGCUGGACGCGGCUUCCAGGCGUAGUGUUGCUGUCUACAUUAUACUGGACAGUAAGGGAGUGCCGCACUUCCUCGACAUGUGCAGCAGAUUGAAGCCAGGCCCUCAGCAUCUCCAGACUAUCCGUAUCCGCAUGCUGAGAGGUUUAGGACUCGACCUGUCGUUUGGGAGGAUCCCUGGGAGUUUGAACGACAAAUACAUGAUUAUAGAUGGAGACAAAGUGAUGUUUGGAUCUUACAGCUUCUCAUGGAGUUCAUCACGUAUGGACCGAAACAUAAUCACCAUCAUGUCAGGACAGAUUGUUGACUUCUUUGACCGGGACUUCAGGGAGCUUUAUGCCAUGUCACGCGAGCUCAACCUCUUCAAGGAGUUCAGCAUCAGUAAACAGAAUACAACAGCAUCAACCCGGGCGACUAUAACGACACGGCCUGCGCUGCCCGCCACCUCCCGCUUCAAUGUGAGUCUGGGAGACAAGGGGACUCUGAAAGUGCCCGCUCACAAAUACCACAACCCCAAAUACCUCUUAGCGCUUGGCAACCUUCCUGAAGACAUCAGCACUCCACAGGCUCUGCUCAGUAAAAUGGAGGAAUCGAUCGAAAAGUUUGCAGCAGAGGGAAAUCCAGUGGAAGAAGACGAGAUAUUGGAAUCGCAGGCCCCACCUUUGUCUCCGAAGGGGGGAAAAAGGAACGGAUUGUCUCGGAUGUCUUUGAAGAAAAGAUUACCUGACAUGCAAAGCUUGAAACAAAAAACAGCUAGUAAGAAGAAGGAGGGGAAAGCGGGUGAGGGAGAUCCUGGUCCCUCUACGACGACAAAUCUGACACCAGCCACCAGUACGAUUGGAGACAUUACAGAGAGCCCAGAGAACCCUACUGCUGAAACAAAGAGUAAAAAGAAGGCCAGUAAAAAGGCCAGUAAAAAGAGCAAGUCACCAAAAAGUGAAGAUCAGGGUUCAGAAAGCCAUAAAGACAAGAAGAAGAGUUGUGAAAUCUCCUGAAGACUUGAAUAAAACAAAUACACUUGAAAAAGAAAAGAAAAACUUUCCAAGUUUCCCCUCACUCCAAGAGGCUCAUCUCAUCUCAUUAUCUCUAGCCACUUUAUUCUGCUCUACAGGGUCGUAGGCAAGCUGGAGCCUAUCCCAGCUGACUACGGGCGAAAGGCAGGGUACACCCUGGACAAGUCGCCAGGUCAUCACAGGGCACUCCAAGAGGCUAAUCAGCCUAAUAUUUGCUUGUUUCAUUUUGCAGACUAAUUUAGGAAAUGAGUCUCUCCUGAUAUCUUUGUUGUAAAUACAUUCCCAAAUUUAAUUUCGAGGUAAAGUAGAGAAUAGGAUUUUAUUAUCCACUGAUCAGCCAUACCAUUAAAACAACUGCAGGUGAAGUGAAUAACAUUGAUUAUCUCAUUACAAUGGCACCUGUCAAGGGGUAGGAUAUAUUAGGCAGCAAGAAGAGAACAGUCAGUUCUUGAAGUUGAUGUGUUGGAAGCAGGAAAAAUGGGCAAACUUAAGGCUCUGAGCAGCUUUGACAAGGGCCAAAUUGUGAUGGUGAGAUGGCUGGGUCUGAGCAUCUCCAAAAUGGCACAUCUUCUGGCGUAUUCCCAGUCUGCAGUGGUUAGUGCCUACCAAAAGUGGUCCAAGGAAGGACAACCGGUGAACCAGAGAAAGGGUCAUGGGUGUUGAAGGCUCAUUGAUUCGGAUGGGGCACGAAGGCUAGCCCAUAUGGUCCAAUCCCACAGAAGAGCUACUGUAGCACAAACUGCAGAAAAAGUUAAUGCUGUUUUGUUCACUCAGAGGAAUGAAAUAUGAGCCCGCAUAAACACCCACGAUUUGUGAGCUUUGGUAUCUGAUAAGGGAGAGUCAGGCAAUCGAGCCCUUCCUCCCAGAGAGCACAUACACUUUUGCUAUAUUCUUGUCAAACAAGCACGAAGUCAAGUAGUCAUGUUCAUGUGGGUAUGUUCAUGCCGUCCCAGCAAACAUGCCCACACUGGUGUUUUACAGGUAAGCUAUAGGUAGUGUGGGUCAGGGCAAACGCACAAAAGGGGAACUGAAGUCAUUUUUAAACUUGCUUUAUUUCUGAAUUAACGUUAUUCAGUGACAGUUUCGGUUUUAUUAACCUUAUAUCGUGACUCGUAUUGGCAUAUUAUAUUACACUUAUAAGCCUUUUCGGUUUUUAGCCAUGUUGAAUGUAGUUAGUUUGGUCCACAGCAGGCGUCGCUUAUCCACGAGACUUGUGCGAGACUUCAAACGUGAAGUGUCAGCGCUGCCAUUUUGAAAACUGUUUACAUAGCGGCCAGAUCGCCAUAUAAUUCCGAUUUAGAUUAAUUUCGAGAUUCGCCAGCUUCAUCAGCGAUGGAGAUUAUUCCAUACGACUUCCAACCAGCGUGGAGUAAAGAAGAGUUGGAAAGACGGCAGGAUAAGGACGAGUCCGUCGCGCUGGUUUGUGCGUCAUUACUGUCGCACAAUUAAAACGUGCCAGAUCAGGCGGCUGGUGGGCUUUCAAAAUAAUACAUACAUGCAUGUAUUUUUGUGAUAAAUACAUAUUAUACCGAGCGCAUUUCCCACAUAAUCCUCACUAAGGUUUCUGACAGCACUACAAAAUGGCGUCCUGACUAUAUAGUGAGUAGGGAGCGAUUUCAGACACAGGGAAAACUUCCGGCUUGAUUACAAUGUCUUUUGACAAUGUUGGCAGAUUAUGGUCACUUUGAUUUCCGCUGUAUGUUUUACUUCCAUCCUACGAUGUUUCGCACAGGUCUCAGCGAAUCUUGUUUACGGCCAUUGCUUUGACAUAUGGACUGAUAUAUUACAGAGCAUAUUUCAAACACUCAUAACUUGCUAUAGCAGUGACAAAAUAGCUGUCAGAAAUGCGUUCCUACUUUUUAUAAAAUGCAAUAAAUAGAAUUUUGAUAAUAAAAAAUUUGCCUUCAGGUCCCCUUAAAGUCCCACACAUGGGCACACCCACAAAAAUCCCACGUGGGACCACUGUGGUCUCGCCUGCAUCAGGUUACUGAGGGUUUGCACACUGAUACAACAUUGACCUCAUAGCACUUGCCUGCACUGGCAUGUUUUCUGGCAUCUCUUCUAAAUAACAAGCACAAUAUAACAGAAAUGUUGUCUUUGCCUUGAACUCGGCCUUUCGUUAAUUUUACCAAGUAUCAUCACUUGACAUAACUUUCACUAAUAGGCUGUGUAAAUCUACAGUCUGGACUGGAAAAAAACAAGCCCUUCAUACCUUUCGUUGUAUUUUUUUUUAAACUUAGGACUGUUCAUUGUGCUAUUGUUUUUAUUUCCAUAAAAGUAAAAAAUAAUCCACUUCAGCGUAUUUGUUCACACCAAUGAAGAAAGGCAAAAGCACCAGAGUUGCCAUAUGAAAUGAAAAAGCAGAUAUUACACAGGCGGCACGGUGGUGUAGUGGUUAGCGCUGUCGCCUCACAGCAAGAAGGUCCGGGUUUGAGCCCCGUGGCCGACAAGGGCCUUUCUGUGCGGAGUUUGCAUGUUCUCCCCGUGUCCGUGUGGGUUUCCUCCGGGUGCUCCGGUUUCCCCCAAAGACAUGCAGGUUAGGUUAACUGGUGACUCUAAAUUGAGCGUAGGUGUGAAUGUGAGUGUGAAUGGUUGUCUGUGUCUAUGUGUCAGCCCUGUGAUGACCUGGUGACUUGUCCAGGGUGUACCCCGCCUUUCGCCCGUAGUCAGCUGGGAUAGGCUCCAGCUUGCUUGCGACCCUGUAGAACAGGAUAAAGCGGCUAGAGACGAUGAGAUGAGAUGAGAUAUUACACACCAAAUAUAUCUCAGCUAGGUGACUGCAUUUGGAGUGAGGGACGAAUAGUAGUAAUAAAAUGCUAUGGAGUCUUUUUUUUUUUCCUCCAGUCUCAGGGACGGGAAGACUUUAGCUUCAGUGUUGGGUUAAACAUACAAACUUAGAUUUCUCGUUUGAAAAUAUUUUAUAUCAGAACUGUGAUAGAAACACAUGACAUGUUGGAAACAGAUUUGAAGUAAUUUGUUUGGUGCGAUGUUGAAAACAGUGUUGCUACUGUGGAAACAAUAUAGAGCUGCACUGCCAUCUAGUGGUUACUUUAUGUCUGUGCAUAUAUGUUAGGUAUGUGUCUGUCUGUCUGUCUGUCUGUCUGUGUACAAAAAUAUAUGACAGUCACUGAA